GCAUGGCUUCUAUUGGCUUUCUUGGGAACUUUCGCUCUCCUCUUACACGUGCUUGUCGCUGCGAGCUUGCAAGCUGAAGAUUGUACUCGAGCUUUGAAUAUGGUGUACAUUCAGAUCAUAUUUGCGGGCCUUAUGGAUAAAGUUUUCUGGAAUCAUACUCCGAACGCGACUAGUCUCUUGGGAAUGGCUCUGAUUUUGGGAAGUGUCAUUGCUGUUGCGGUCGUGAAUGAUCAGGGAGCCUCGGAUAGAGGUGGUGGUGCGCAGAGCUUUGGGGGCUGUGAGUUGGAAAGUGGAUGGCAUUUGGCAUCUCUGGCCGUGGAGACGAGUGAAAUGCACACGUUGCCGUUGGAUAUGGAUAUACAUUAG